CAGUUUGAUCAUAUGCUUCAUGCUUUAUCUCAAAUAAUAUUUUUCCAAACACGUGUUUGGAACAUGUUGAAUUAGUUUAAAUUUUAAAAAAUUUAUGUAGCAUAAAUUACAAUUAUUCGAAAGUAAGCAACAAAUAAAUAAACAAAAUGGAGUACAUGACAAACAUAGAGGACCAACAGGGAUCAUCAACUAAAGUAUUAUGUUGCCGUUGCGGAACUCUGAUAGAGUCAAAUCCUUCGAACAUGUGCGCAGCUUGUUUACGUACAGAAGUUGACAUCACUGAAGGAAUUCCUAGACAAGCAACACUUUACUUUUGUCGAGGCUGCGAAAGAUAUCUUCAGCCACCCAGUGAGUGGGUUCAUGCACCCCUGGAAUCCCGAGAGUUGCUAGAAAUAUGUCUAAAAAAACUGAAAGGGCUCAGCAGAGUGAAGCUCAUAGAUGCUGGUUUUGUCUGGACAGAACCGCAUUCCAAGAGAGUGCGGGUUAAGUUGACAGUUCACGCAGAAGUUCACAGCGGAACUGUUCUUCAGCAAGUUUUUAUUGUUGAAUUCAUCAUCAACCAUCAAAUGUGCACCCAAUGUCAUCGGGUUGAAGCUCAAGAUUAUUGGCGCGCAUCUGUGCAAGUGAGGCAAAAAGCGAUCAAUAAAAAAACAUUUUAUUAUUUGGAGCAACUGAUCCUUAAGCACAGAGCUCAUGAAGAUACUCUAGGAAUCAAACCAAUUCAUGAGGGGCUUGAUUUUUUUUACGCCCAUGAAAAUAGCGCAAGAAAAUUAGUUGACUUUCUUCAAUCGGUUUUGCCCUGUCGUUAUCAACACUCGAAAAAAUUACUGUCCCACGACAUUCACAGUAAUAUUUACAAUUACAAAUUUUCAUUCAGUGUUGAAAUAGUACCGAUUUCAAAGGACAGUGUCGUGUGUCUUCCAAAAAAACUCACGCAUCGAUUAGGCGGAAUAAGUCCUAUCGCUCUGGUAUACAAAACUACAAACUCAUUACAUCUAAUGGACGUGUCUUCGGGCCAGGUCGCCGAAGUAAAUGCAACAACAUAUUGGAGAGACAGUUUUAACAGCAUUUGUAAUCCGAAACAGUUAACUGAGUACAUAGUGAUGCGCAUUGAACCCCUCAAACUCUCUGAAAUUAAACUUUUCCCGGGUCAGGGUGCUAUUUCUAAUAGGCAUGUGAUUGCUGAAGUCGAGUUGGUGAGAGCUUCAGAACUUGGUCUUACUGAAAAUUACAUCUACGCACGCACCCAUUUGGGUCAUCUGUUAAAAGAAGGAGAUUCUGCUCUGGGAUACGCUCUCGCUGAUAGUAACAUCAAUGACGCAAACUUUGAAAAAUUAUCUGCGAACGAAAUCCCUGACGUUAUUCUCGUGAAAAAAUUCUACGGGAAUGAUAAACUCGCAAGACGGCGAGCAAGAGUUUGGAAACUUAAACAUUUAGCUGAAGGCAGCAUGGCUACUGAUAACGAAGAGUACAACGAGUUCCUGGAAGAGUUGGAAGAGAAUCCUGAAACCCGUCAAAAUGUAAACAUCUACAGAGAUUCCCGUAAGGUGAUGCCAGUUGACUCCAAUGAUCUAGCACUAGAUCCAAGUAUCCCUCAAAUUACUCUGGAAGAAAUGAUGGAGGAUCUUGUCAUUGUUGAAGAUUCCGACAUGACCGAAUGCUAUGAAUAAUUUUUUGUACUGCCGCAAUAAAAUAUUCAACAACAA